UGUUUAUUAAGUUUUCGAUUUUGUAGAUGACUCGUUUGCUGUGUUAAGAUCUGCCAUCGUCGGGAGGAGGUGGAGGAGCUGCUUGAUUGUAUUCCAUGCAUGCGCAUCAAAGCUGCGAAGCCACACCACCGCCGGAGGCGGAUGAAAUGGAGGCGACGAUGAUGGGCUACCCAUCGGCAAUGGCGCCUGGGGAUGUGCUGCUUUCGGCCUACCGCCGAGGUUGGGAGCUUUCGACGAUGGUGUCGGCGCUGACGAACGUCGUGUCCGGGGAUGUGCGGGUCGCGAGGCGGCAACCGGCGGCGGCGGGCGUCGUCGUGGACGCGUUGUCGGUGGUCUCCUCUCCGUCGUCGUCGUCGUCGUCUCACUUAACGUCGGUGUACUCGCCGCCGCCUUUCAGCAGAACGGCGACGGCGCCGCCUUUCAGCAGAACGGCGACGGCGCCGCCUUUCAGCAGAACGGCGACGGCGCCGCCUGAUUUUGCAUUGAGGUAUUACUAUCAGGGUUUGGCUGGUGAUCAGCAGGGAAGCUACCAGGGAGAGGCACUUGCUGCUGUUUCAGAGCAGCAGUAUCCACAAGACGGCUUGCGACCGAUACUGAUACCGCCGCCGGCUCCGGUGGCUAUGAACCUAGGAGAGGCCUCCCCUGCUUCGUCCGAAGGCGAAAGGGUGGCCCCGCCACGCAAGUACCGCGGCGUGCGACAACGGCCGUGGGGGAAAUGGGCGGCGGAGAUCCGCGACCCCGUCAAGGCGGCCCGCGUGUGGCUCGGCACAUUCGAGACUGCGGAGGAAGCUGCGCGCGCCUACGACGAGGCCGCACUCCGCUUCCGUGGCAGCAGAGCCAAGCUAAACUUCCCCGAGAACGUCAGCCAGCUCCCGACGACGGCGCCAGGCCCGAACGCCCCGGCGAAUGACGCGGCCGCCGCUAGGGACUACCUGACCUACUCCCGGCUGUUGGAGGGGUCGUCGUCGGAUUUUCUUCUGGAUCAAGUCUUGUUGGCGAACUAUGGCUCGGUGGCUAGAGAGAGCGGCGGCACGGCGCGCUCGCACUCGUUACCGGUGUCCUCUGUUUCCUAUUCCUCUUACUCUCCGUUCUACCCUUCGAUGACAGAGCUGCCGGAUAGUUCUUGGAUGGGUUCCAGCCAGUUUCCUCCUCCAUCGUCUUCUUCCGGAUAGAAAUAGAACGGUCCUGUUCUUGCUCAUCACUUGCUUUCUCCUCUGCUUGGAUCCCACCUUUCCUAUUCUCUUGAAAUGGAACAGAGCUCACGUUCUGUCUCCUCCUCCCUCAUUUUCGUCCUUGUUAUUGACCGAUAUUGCUUUAUCACGCCUCAAAUCGGCGCACUGAAGAUCUGCACUUACGACUUUUGAAGCUUCGCCAUUUUCUUCCAUUGGCAGAAGCUCGGAGGAGCAAAUGGUAGAGAAGAGCUGUCUCCAAUCCCCGAGUAACCUAUUGCUUCUGUUGUGCAUAUGGAUGGAUCGUGCCCUGGAGAAAUCUGUCUGCUUCAACAGAUAAAUCGAAGAAACUAAUUGAAAGUGAGCAAACCAUAAAUUCUUAAAUCUUCGUUUUCUUUAAAGAAAGUUAAGCAUAAUUUUAUGCAUUCAUGAAAUUUAAGCAUUUAUUCUUUAAAGAAAGUUUUAUUGCCAUUCUUCCUUUAUAUUUCUUUUUCAUCUUUUUUUAUAUGUCCAUGUUUCGAUGUAAGGCAAAUAAGGCCACUUAAUAGAGGUGCUAA